GGGAAAUAACUCUGCUUUUCACAGAUUUGGACGUCAUUGUUUACAAGCGAAUAAUACAUUGGAUUAUUUUUGUUUUGAAGGAUAUUCAAAAUGUCAUCGACGUCCCCAAAUAACGGGAGUACCAUUUCGACCAGUCCUGCUUCUUCUCAUCAUCCUCCUCUUAGAGUUCCGCCAAAAGUUACGACGCCAUCUACUUCCGUUUUUGACGGUGAAGGCGGGAAGACAAUCUUGGCACUAAUUGUUCUUGUGUUCGUCAUUUUAUUGGUUCUAAUCGGAGUGAUUUGUCUGGGAAUAUGGAUGUACAACAAAAUGUACAGGAAAGCGAUCGAAAAACAGGAAUUGUUUGAGAAGUCAAAAACGAAAACAGUUGCUACACAAACUAGACUGACAGGUCGACAUAUGGAGGAAUAUAUUAGAAGAAUGGAUACAGUGUACAUGUCGACCUACAAAGGGACACAACUCCCGGGAAGACUAGAUUUACCCUGCCAGGUGGCACCAAAAAGACCCCACCCAAUACACAGAGCCUUGGCCAAAAUAUUAUCAUACUGAUCAGCCGAACUACAUCACGAAAGUCGAUUAAACCAACUAAACUAACGAACGUGGUUUAUUUAUUAAAAUAUUCAUUUAUUUUUGUAAUUGAUAAGUAUGUUUACGUAGGUAGUAUCCAGGAUUUACCUAUGUAUAUAUAUAAAGAUGACACUAGGAGGGUAGAUUAUAUGUUUUGUUUAUUAUACAUACUUCAAAAGAAAAACUAAAGCAUUACGGGUAAUAUUAGUCCCGUGUAAAGAGCGAUAACUCUCACAGUGGCGGAAUCUGCGGUUCACCAGACGACAGACGACAUUUCAGAAAAAAUAAUACGUUUUAAUUUUGAAGUUAUUUUGUUUAAUAAAAAAAUAUGUUGGUUGCAUGA